AUGCGGAUGAUGAUGGGCGCCUCGUACGGCUUCCUCAACUUUUUGCGCGACGAGGACGCCUACGCGUUUUGGCAGUCUGGCCAGGCCCAGCAGCCGCACCUGCGCGGCAACCGCAUCUUUCUCAACUGGGCAAAGGCGCCCGGGCCGGUGGAGCCGCACGUGCUGCGCCUCGUGCGCGAGCACGGCGCCUCGCGCCACCUCGCGGUGCGCAACAUCUCGGACGCAACCUCGGCCGACCAGCUCGGCGCCCUCUUCCGCCAGUUUGGCGAGGUCGAGUCGAUCCAGAUCAAGCCGGGCGAGGGCGCGCAGGUCAACCUGACAAACAUCGCCUCGGCCGCCGCCGCAAAGGACCAGCUCGACGGGCUCACGAUGGGCCAGUGGAAGCUGGUCGUGGCGUACACGACGCCGCCAUGA